AUGGGCCUUAUGGUGUUCUGUGCAACUGUUGCAAUAGCGGGUGGGCUUUAUGCCGCCUUCCGCCUUGGCUUCAGUAUCCGGGGAAAUCAAUACCCGCCCGGCCCCUUGGGGCUUCCUUUCGUGGGGAAUCUUCUCGACAUGCCCCGCCACCGCGAGAGGGAGACCUUCUCGCGAUGGGCAUCACAAUUUGGCGAGAUUGUCCAUGUCAAUAUAUUGGGAAAACAUAUGAUCCUCCUCAACUCCGCUCGAGCAGUCAAUGAUCUGCUGGAGAAACGGGCUUCAAAGUAUUCGGAUAGACCGCACUUUCCCCUGAUAGACCUUGCGGGUCAGAAGUUCAACUUCGGGUUCAUGCCUGCUAACAAAGCUUGGUCAUCGCGGCGUCGCACCUUCGCCGCUCAAUUUGGCCGGUCUGUGCCGCAGAUAUACCCUUCACACUCGGCCGCCGUUAUGAAACUGCUACGCAACCUGCAAGCAAAACCGGAGGCAUUCAUGGAUCACAUCCAAUUCCUUGCCGCUCAGCUUAUUUUGGACGUGACGUAUGGCAUCACUGUUGAUACAUACGAUCAUGUUCUGGUGCGUAACGCGGAGACGCUCAUGGGAAACGUGGCUAUUGCUGUCAGACCAGAGAUGUGGAUCGUUAACCCACUCAUCCUUUAUCGCCUAUUGCCGAGCUGGCUUGGCGGAGAUUAUCUGUCGAUGCGUAUGCAGAAAUGGAAAGCAGAGGCUCGUGCAUUUCGCGAACAACCCUUUCGUCUUGCUUCCGAGAGAAGUGACGGGGCACACUGUUUUGUGAACCAGCUACUGGAUACACGUCCAUCUGCAGAUUCUGUUGAGACGCAUGAGCAAUUCAGUAUGGACUGCGCUGCUGUGGCUUAUGGAGGUGGCACUGACACGGUUGUGGUAGCGGCAAGAUCAUUCUUUCUGGCUAUGGCUCUUAAUCCAGAAGCUCAGCGGAAGGGGCAAGCGGAGAUUGAUCGCUUUGUGGGGUCUGGGCGCCUACCCGACUUCAACGAUCGAGAGGAUCUACCAUUCAUCUCGGCCAUAGUCCGAGAGACUUUACGAUGGAACCCACCGGCACCUCAAGGGAUACCUCAUUUGCUCACUGAAGAUGACGUGUACAAGGGAUAUCACCUCCCAAAAGACUCGAUAGUAGUGGGCAAUAUUUGGCAUAUCACACAUGACCCUACUAUCUAUACAGAUCCAGAUGAGUUCGAGCCUAACCGUCAUUUGCAAGACGGAGAUCUGAAAGGAGAAGACUCUGCGCGCCUUUCUUUCGGGUUUGGUCGGCGCACCUGUCCGGGUAAAGCAUUUGCAGAAGAUCUGCUUUGGCUGCUGGUAGCGCAAGUGCUAUCUAUCUACGACAUCACGCAGGUGAAGGAAGGGCCCCCCCUUCGGGCAUCAUUCACGUCUGGUACUUUCUCACACCCCCUUCCGUUCCAUUGUCACAUCAAACCUCGCUCAAGGGAUGCCGCGUUCCUGAUAUCAUCAUAG